GCAGUCAUGGUUCUGUCCACGCUGUACCUCACUGUCCUGCUGCUGUCCCUGGGACAUGCGGAGCUAACUGACUCCCGACCUGGAGGCUGGUGCUCAGCUGGCGUACCUGGCAGUCCAGGGCACAACGGACAGCCUGGCAGAGAUGGCAGAGACGGCAAACAUGGGCGAGACGGAGCGACAGGACCUAAAGGGGACAGAGGAGAACCAGGUGAGCCAGUGCCUGGUCCGCCAGGUAAAAUGGGUCCAGCGGGUCCGCCAGGUAAUGUGGGUCCUGCGGGUCCAGCUGGUCCUCGAGGACAGAAAGGGGACUUAGGACUACCAGGAGAUCUCCAGCCCCUUCAGACAGAUAUCAACGCAGUUUUGUUGAGAAUUGCUCUUGUGGAAAAAGCUGCAAGCUUCCGUUUCUUCAGAAAGGUGGGAGCCAAGUAUUACGCCACAGAGGGCCUUCAAAGCACAUAUGACGCAGGUCUGAAAUUCUGCAGAGAUGCUGGAGGUGAUCUUGUGUUGCCCCAAAAUGAAAAGGAGAAUGAGGUUCUUGUGACGAUGCUGUCACUGUUAGGGGCAGAAAUAGGAUGGCUUGGGACAACAGACAGAAAGACUGAAGGCACCUUUCUGGACACAGAUGGGAGCUCACUGGUUUUUACUAAAUGGGCCACAGGAGAGCCCAAUAACUUUGGGAACAAGGAGCAUUGUGGUAUGAUAUUUUCAAGCAACAGCUUAUGGAAUGAUGUUCCUUGUGACAGAAAUUAUCACGUAGUAUGUGAGAUAGCAAACUGAAGAGAGUUCCUAAUUACAAUCGUUUUAAGAUGGCCCGUGGGCCCGAGGCUACAUGUUGCGAUAGGCAAAAAAACCAUGAUAAAAUUACAUAAAUAGUCUCAUAAUUCCAAGUUAUGUGAUACCCAUAUGGAAAAAAUGGUAAAAACGCAUACGAAUGUCUCAGCCAUACAUUCUUGUAGAAGUAUUUAGGUAACACUUUAUUUUAGGGAUACAUCUAUUAGCACUAAUACAUACAAUGUCCCUGCAUAAGUAACUUGUAAGGCAUGUACAAAGCAAAAUCAAACAUUUGUUAGGCAUGUAUUCGCAAAUGUCUUGUUCAUGCACAAUAAGGGAUUUCUUACCAAUUUAACCUUAGUAAGGACCUAGUAGGCCUUAGCGUUUACUUAGUGCAUGCCUUACAAGUUACUUAUGCAGGCAUUAACAUCGUAUGUAUUAGUGCUAAUAGAUGUAUCCCUAAAAUAAAGUGUUACCAGUAUUGAUAAUAUACAGUAUAUAAUACCAUGCAUGAUUUACUCCUGAAAGUGGCCCUUUUUGGUAUUUCUUCAUACAGAAUUAUUAGGUGAAACUGGUAUGAAUAAAGUACAAAUUUUGCAUGGCAUUUACAGAUAAUGUGUGUCAUACAAUCACUGUCUUUGUAUGCUUUAUAGUUUUAAAUUCUAUUUUUCAGUGUCAAAUGUAUAUGCAUUUUAUAUGUAAAUUCACACAAAUAGAAAUGUCAUGUUUGAACUUCGUAAUUGUAAACAUUAAAAGUUUACUCAAAGGCCUUUCUAUUUGCCACUGUGGAGUAACCAAGUUCUGAGAGGAACUUUAACCUUGUAAGGUGUUCGUGUUUGUGUUACAUAGAAGAUGUUCGGGUCAUUUUGACCCAGGCACAUAGAAAAAUAUUUUUAAAAGGAAAAAAAUAUAGCUCAUUUUCACUCUCAUGUUCCCUUCAUUAUUAUGCCUGUGAAUUUAUGUGUAUAUGUUUUUGAGAGUGAGAUACAGAGAGAGAAAGAUAAGGAGACAGUGAAAAAAGCUGAAGAUCCUAGCUCUCGGAUUGAGUCACCAGUGCUCUUACCACGCAAGGUUGAAACAUUGAUGCACAAUUGAAGGACCGAAAAACAUCUGCACUCCUUUUUCCACAUAAUUCCCCCUCUGCAUUGUUUUCUCAACAUGUGAUCAUUUGUAUCAGAGAGUUUAGGAAGUAUUGAUGUAUAAGUCGCCCCCCCAAAGUGGUAAGGGUUAAAAUGACCAGGGAACACCUGCUGUGUAAUACAAAUGUGCAGGGGGGAUAGCAAGGGGGGGUCACUAAUUUUUUCAUGUUCCUCACUGACAAUGUGAAAGCAUAAUAACUGAUACUUUUUUCUCAAGCUAAAAACUGACAACCGGUCAAAAUGACCCAAACACCUUACAAGGGUUAAACACAUACAUUAGGCAAAAUAUGCAUUGUCAACCAUUACUGUGGUUCCGGAGUGUAGCCUAACUACUGCAAUAUACUGUAUGAAAGAUCCUGCCACAAGCCUAUGCCACUGUAUCUAAUAGCUUAUAUGCAAUAUACUUAUCUCCAUAUCUAUAUUAUAAUGUUAAUCAUCUGUGUAAUGCAGUGUACUGUAUUUGAUUCGUCUAACCUCUUGUCAGGUGUUGCUUGAGUAA